AUGCUCCUGGACUCCGGUUCGGAACUUUCAUUCAUCUCAGAAAGGUUAGUUUCUCUUCUUCAAUUACGUAAGAGACCGCCGCAGUUGCCCCUCCUGGGCAUCGGAGGGAGGAGUUCCGGCCGGACGCGAGGAGUGGUAUCCAUCAACCUACGGGCGCUGCAUUCGGACAACUCUCUGCCAGUCGAAGCUCACGUUCUUCCUCGGGUCACGGCAACGCUUCCUUCUGUACGGGCUACUUCAACUCGGUUACCUCAUCUUUCAGGAUUGCAACUUUCUGAUCCGGACUUUCUCGUCUCCGGCCCCAUCGACCUCAUCUUGGGAGCCGACGUGUUCGGCCAACUCCUCUUGCCGGAAAUGGUCAAGGCUGACCAGAAUUCGCCGAUCGCCCUCGCCACCAUCUUCGGAUGGGUAGUCCUCGGACCCCUCGUCACCGGUUCACCGCGCGGAGAGAAGGUAGCUCUCCACGGAGCAGCUGAUCAUGAGCUCCACGAGCUCCUCACCAAAUUUUGGAUUCAAGAAGAGGUCCCUUCAAAACCCUCGCAGGUGCUUACCCCGGAAGAGCAAGAGUGUGAGGCACACUUCGCUCGCACCCACUCUCGGGACUCCUCGGGCCGCUACGUGGUGCGACUUCCUCUCCUGGGACCUCGAACUCAUCUCGGCGACUCGUACGAGACGGCUCUUCGAGGCCUUCGACGGAUUCAACGGCGCUGUACGGUUAACCAAGCAUUCGGACGCCUCUACAAGGAGUUCCUGCAGGAGUACGAUGACCUCGGGCACAUGCAACCUGCCUCGGAGCCCUCCUUGGGCACCUCCACAGUCUACUACCUCCCACAUUACGGGGUUUUAACCUCCAAGGGUUCGCAGCAGAAGCUGCGGGUCGUGUUCAACGGUUCCAGCGCAACUUCCUCGGGAACUUCUCUCAACGACCUCAUGCAUACAGGUGCCAAAUUGCAAUUAGAUAUCUCGGACGUCCUCUUACGAUUCCGGCGGUUCCGGUAUGUGUUUACCACGGAUAUCGUGAAGAUGUUUCGGCAGGUUGCAGUACAUCCAGCUGAUUGGGACCUCCAACGCAUCCUUUGGUCGGACCCUCAAGGGAAGAUGGUCAGCUAUCAGCUGAUCACGGUCACCUACGGUACUCGGUCCGCUUCAUUCUUGGCGGCCCGGGCUCUGCUGCAGCUCGUUCACGUCGAAGGUCACCGGUACCCCCUCGCAGUGACUCCGCUCCUCAAGGGACGUUACGUGGACGACAUUCUCGGAGGAGGCGACACGGCAAAGGAAGCUGAGGCAGUCGCGUUACAGCUGACCCAGCUCUGCAUGGCGAGCGGGUUUCCUCUUCAAAAAUGGACCAGUAACUGUCCAGAGCUCCUCAAGACGAUUUCCGGAGAUGGCGCCUCCUCACGCUCCACGUUGGACUUCUCCGACCUCACCACCAAGAUCUUAGGUUUAUCUUGGCAACCUCUAGCGGAUCACUUCUGGUUCUCCGCCGCCCGGACCUUUCGAGAUGCCGUGACGAAACGAACUAUACUCUCGGAGGUCGCACGCCUGUUCGAUCCUCUCGGCUUCCUCGCACCCCUCACUAUACGGGCGAAGAUUCUCCUCCAGGAGCUGUGGCUUGAGCAGCUGGGCUGGGACGAGCCACUGCCCCCUUCCACGGCUCUCCGCUGGGCAACCUUCAGAACGGAGCUACAGGACCUCGAGGAUCUCCACAUCCCUCGUUGGCUCAACCUCACCCCGAAGGCUAGAGUCGAGAUCCACGGCUUCUCUGACGCCUCACAAUACGCAUUGGCAGCCGUUGUGUAUCUCCGUAUUUCGUCCUCCACGUCGCCGGCAACCCUGUCGCUCGUCUGCGCCAAGACCAAGGUGGCGCCACUCAAGAGGCUUACCAUCCCUCGGCUAGAGUUGACGGCCGCCCUCAUCCUCGCUAAACUUGCGAGAUAUGUACGGGAUACCCUCGAGCUUUCCUCGGCACCGGUGCACCUCUGGAUGGACUCCGCUGUCGCGCUGACCUGGAUCAGCCAUCACCCCUCUCGAUGGAAGGAGUUUGUACGGAAUCGGGUCGGUGCAAUUCAGGACGCAGUACCGGGUGCCCGUUGGAAAUUCAUAUCAGGACGCGACAACCCAGCAGACUGCGCAUCUCGGGGUCUAACCCCGACACAGCUGAAGAACCACGCGCUGUGGUGGACUGGACCAGACUGGUUGAAGGCACCUCCUCAGGAGUGGCCAACGGGUCAAUCAACCCCUCAUCCCGAUGCCUCAAUUGAAGAGAAACCUCAGACUAUCCCGCUGGCAACUCAUCCAGCAGAAGGUGCAGCAUUUCUGGGCCCCCAGGGCAGCUGA